AGCUUGGCCCUUGAACCGGAGGGCCCUUUCCGAGCGGUGCUAUCAUCCAUGGCAAGCUCUCCAGUUUCACCGGUGUCUCCCACCUGCACAUCUCCGUCUCCAUCCUUCAAGGGCCAUGGAGAAUUGGGCGAGGACGUGACGGAGCGACGAAUUGUGACCAGAGCGCCUCGAGUGGAACCUUUGUGGCAUCAUCAUGACCGGAAGGCCAUGAAGAGCGGCCAAAGAGGGACCAUCUACUGGGUAGGGAAGCAGAUCCUGGCAGAGGAUGGAUCCAGGACAGGGAAGGUGGAGAAAGGUGCGAGUUACCAGGGCGAGUGGGACGGCAAUCAGAAGAACGGAUAUGGAGUUCAGGUGUUUCCGAACGGGCAGAAGUACGAAGGCCAGUGGGCCAACGGCAUGCGGAAUGGCGAGGGCACCCUUUGGGUUCCCUUUGGAAAGGCGAAGAAGCUCCGGAAGCUUUACGUCGGUGGCUGGAAGGAUGACAAGCGACACGGCAGAGGCACCUGCUUCUUCAGUGAUGGUCACUUCUUCCAAGGCGAUUGGACCCAGGGCAAGAUGCACGGCGAGGGGCUGCUCAGGUAUAGCAACGGUGAUUUGUACAUCGGUGGCUGGUGCGACGGCCUACGCAGCGGCGAAGGCACUCUCACCAAGGCCAAUGGCGAUUGCUAUGAAGGCUUUUGGUACAAUGACCUGAGAGAAGGGAGUGGCUCCUACUUCUACGCCGAGAGUGGCAAGGUCUUCGUUGGUGAGUGGGCCAGCGACCUGCCGAAGGCGGGAGUCUACACACAGGCCAACUCGAAUCCCGAGCAAGCCACGCCGGUGCCGCAGACCACGGUCCUACCUCCGGUGAUGCUGGCCUUUCCCAACGAGGUCCUGGAAGGUGCUCUUGCAGCUGUUCGAGAAGUGCAGAAGAUUGGCACUUCCUUCAGAGAAUGUGAGACGCCGCCGGAGAUGUCUAUGCAGACCGACUCUCUUGAAGGAGUCGUCUAGGCACAGGCUAUUUGGCAGUUGCCAGAUACUUUUUUGAUGUUCGCUCCAAGGGUCG